AUGGAAGGCCUUACGCUCCUUCUGCUCUAUCUCGCCAUCCCGAGCCUUCUGUUCUCUGCCGUCAGGCAGGUUCUGUCAUGGCAGAAGAGUCUCGAGUCCCAACCCAGGUUCCCUGGCCCUCGGCAGUUCCCCAUCGUGGGCCGUGUCCAUGAUUUGCCGAGAUUUUCUCUCUGGUUGAAAUUCAAGGAGUGGGCAGACGAGUAUGGACCGAUCUACUACACCAGAGCGCUAAACUCACGGUUCAUUAUCGUGUCGGACGAGCAGAUCGCCGAGGAGUUGCUCGUUAAGAGGGGUCAUAUUUACUCAGGACGACCACAAAUCCGGUCGCUUAUUAGGCAUAAGGAGGGUCCUGUGUACUCGGCCUUGAUGGACCGCCAUGACAUCUGGAAGACGCAACGAAAGUGGACCCAUGCGGCCAUGGCGGAAGCGUACAAACACCACUUCUACGGGCACUGCGAAAAGGAGAUGAAGCGCUACUUGGGAUUGCUACUACUCGACCCGGCUCGCUUUCUCGACUACACGCGCGAGUAUUGUGGCCGUGUCAUGUCGCGCUUGGCCUGGGAUGACGCCACGCAGGGUCGCGCCAAUGGCGACAACGCCGACCGGACCCUGCACUGCAUGAGCGUGUCGGGCCCUAUCACUAACACGAUGACGCCGCUGUGGCACCUGCCCGCGCUCGUGAAUCCGUGGUACAAUUACGAAGUCAAACGAGAGCGGGAGCUGCGCGCGUGGUGGAUGAAUAACUUCCGGCUAGCCAAGGACAGGAUGAAGAGGGGUGAUCUCCCAGAUGAUACGUGGGCAUACCGGUACUUCGAGCAGCUGAAGAAGGAGGGCAAUGAGAGUCUCGACCAGACGGAGGAUCAAGAGGGGUUCGCAAGCUGCAUGAUCGGCUUCCUGAACCUGGUCGGUGUGGUUACCAUCAGCGGGCCGCUCAAGUUCUUCCUCAUGGCCAUGGCGCUGCACCCGGAGUGGCAGCAGAAGGCGCAGGCCGAGAUUGACCGGGUCUGCGGUGAUCGCAUGCCGACUAUGCAGGACUUUGCCCAUCUCCCCACAGUCCGGGCCUGUUUGAAGGAGACCGUUAGAUGGAGAUCGGGUGUGCCGCUGGGUGUCCCUCAUCAAGCAGAGUGCGACGACGAAUAUCGCGGGGUCAAGAUCAAGAAGGGGACUAUUAUCCUCGCUUGUGAAUGGACUAUCAAUCGCGUACCUUCGAAGUACCCCGACGGCGACAACUAUCGGCCCGAGCGCUGGCUCGAACCUGGCUGGCCAACCUACCAGGAGCCUCUCUCGCGUUAUCCCAACUUCCGUGAAGGCCAGGCGAUGCACAGCUUUGGUUGGGGCCGCCGCACCUGCCUGGGUCAGAACAUUGUCGAUGACGAGACAUUCGUGUUCGCAGCGGCCACUUUGUGGGGAUUUACUCUGGCGCCGAAGAUAUGCCCGCGCACUGGAAAGCAAGUGCCGAUUGACAGCCAGGCGACCAACAGCCACGUCAUCCUUGAACCGGAGCCGUAUCAGUUGAGUAUCAAGGCCCGAGGCGAGGAGAGGGGAAGGCAGAUUCUGGAGGGGUACCAUGCGGUUAUGGGGGAGUUGAAGAUCUGA